AUGAAGUCCCUGGUCCUGCUCCUUUGUUUUGCUCAGCUCUGGGGCUGCCAAUCAGCUCCACAUGGUACAGGGCUGGGUUUCAGAGAAGUGGCUUGUGAUGACCCAGAAGUAGAACACAUGGCUUUGAUGGCCGUGGACUACCUCAAUCAACAUCUGCUUCAUGGAUUCAGUCACGUCUUGAACCAGAUCGACAAAGUCAAGGUGUUUUCUCGGCGGCCCUUCGGAGAGGUGUAUGAGUUGGAAAUAGACACGCUGGAGACCACCUGCCAUGUUCUGGACCCCACUCCCCUGGCCAACUGUUCUGUGAGGCAGGUGGCCGAGCAUGCGGUGGAAGGAGACUGUGACUUCCACGUUCUGAAACAAGACGGCCAGUUCUCUGUGUUGCACGCAAAGUGCCAUUCCACUCCAGACUCUGCAGAGGACGUGCGUAAGAUAUGCCCAAAUUGCCCACUGCUGGCUCCGCCCAAUGACACCAAUGUGGUGCACGCCGUCAAUGCUGCCCUGGAUGCCUUCAAUGCACAGAAUAACAGAACCUAUUUUAAACUGGUGGAGAUUUCCCGGGCUCAAAAUGUGCCUCUCCCAGUUUCUACUUUUGUGGAGUUUGUGGUAGCCGCUACUGAUUGCACUGCUCAAGAGGUCACAGAUCCAGCCAAAUGCAACCUGCUGGCAGAAAAGCAAUAUGGCUUCUGCAAGGCGAGUGUUGUCCAAAAGCUUGGUGGGGAAGAGGUUUCAGUGGCCUGCAGAAUUUUCCAAAAACAGCCCCAGCCAGCCAGUGUCGUCGAAGCAGGCUCUGCACCUACAGCCCCACCAGUCGGCCCACCCUCAUCUUUGGUGGUAGGACCUGUGAUGGUGGCAGUCCCUCCAGCCCACGGAACCCACCAUGACCUGCGCCAUGCCUUCUCACCCGUGGCCUCAGUGGAGUCGGCCUCGGGAGAAGUUGUUGGCCCACCUAAGGUGGUCCAGCCUAGCAUUGUGGGUGCUGCCGGUCCAGCGGUCCAGCUGUGCCCAGGCAGGGUGAGACACUUCAAGAUCUAGGCUAGACUCAGUGAAGUAAGGUUUUUGGCAGAGAGGACAUAGCCGCCAUUUUGUCCAAGACUGGACAUGAAGCUGGCGAGCUUGUCCACUGACAAGACAGGUGCCGUCUAACAGCUUGAA